AUGGGGUCAACUGAAUUUCGUUCGCCGCGCGUCUUGAAGGCCGAGGGCGUGCCCUACUUCACGCCCCAAAACAAUGGAGGCGCUGCAAUGAACCCUCAGCAUCCCGAUACGCCAACGCUGUUUCGUCCGCUGCAAAUCCGCGAUCAGACGCUGAAGAAUCGCAUUAUGGUGGCGCCCAUGUGCAUGUACUCCGCGGAGUCCGAUCCCACCUCUCCUGCGGUAGGCGCCCUGACGGAUUUCCACAUUGCCCAUCUCGGUCAUCUCGCCUCGAAGGGCGUCGGCCUGGUCAUCAUUGAGGCGACUGCAGUCCAGCCAAAUGGACGAAUCUCUCCAAACGACUCCGGACUCUGGCAGAAAGGAACCGACUCCGAGCAGUUCAGAGGCCUACGGCGGGUGGUCGAUUUUGCUCACAGCCAGGGAGCCAAGGUCGGGAUCCAGCUUGCCCAUGCCGGACGAAAAGCCAGCACUGUGGCUCCGUGGUUAUCCUCACAGGGGAAACGAAGCAGCAUCAAAGCGGAUGAAAGUGUAGGUGGCUGGCCAUCCGAUGUUGCAGGUCCCACGGGCGGGGAGGAGCAGAUGUGGGCCCCUGGAGAUGUCAAGUACUGGCCUCCUCGCGAACUCAGUACACAGGAAGUGGAGGAGGUCGUGCGUGCUUUCGCGCGAAGUGCCAAGCUGGCCGUGGAGGCGGGCGUGGAUGUGAUUGAGGUGCACGCGGCGCAUGGCUACCUGCUGAAUGAAUUCCUAAGUCCGGUCACCAACCGCCGCACCGAUAAAUACGGUGGUGACUUUGAGAACCGCACUCGCAUCGUGCGCGAGGUUUGCGCUGCCAUCCGGGCAGCCGUGCCUUCGGGGAUCCCCUUGUUUCUUCGGAUAAGCGCCACGGAGUGGCUAGAAGAUCAACCGGUGGCGGCGGAAACGGGCAGCUGGGACCUGACCUCAUCCAUUCAACUGGCCAAGUUGCUUCCCGAACUCGGCGUGGACUUGUUGGACGUGAGUUCUGGAGGCAAUCACAAGGAUCAAAAGUUCCAGCCACACACCAAUUAUCAAAUUGACCUCGCAAGCCAAAUUCGCAAGGAGAUCCGUGCCGCCGGCCAGAAGACCCUGGUGGGUGCCGUCGGUCUUAUCACGGAGGCCGACGCAGCCCGGGAUAUUAUCCAGGGUGCGGACGAAGCACACGCUGCGGAGAUAAUGCUGUCUGGCAAGGAGCCCAAGGCUGACGCCGUGCUGAUGGCCCGGCAGUUCCUUCGGGAGCCCGAGUGGGUAUUUACAGCCGCGAAGAAACUUGGAGUUGAUAUCUCAGUUUCCUGGCAAUUUGCCCGGGGCCUGCUCUGA